GUUAUAUUAAUUAAGUAACAAUUAUAAUGAAGAUCUGGACCUCAGAGCAUAUUUUUUCCCAUCCAUGGGAUACCGUAGUUCAAGCCGUUUGGCGCAAAUACCCGAACCCAAUGAAUCCAGCGGUGGUCGGCAUUGAUGUUAUUGAUCGUCAGGUAGAGUCAAGUGGUGUAAUGAUAACCCAUAGACUGAUCAGCUGUGAGUGGGGUCUUCCCAAUUGGGCUCAAAGAAUAUUAGGCAAAGACAAGACCUGUUAUGCCAGUGAACACAGCGAAGUUGAUCCAUAUAACAGAACUAUGACUUUACAAUCAAAAAAUUUAUCAUUUUGUAACGAGUUAUCCAUUAUGGAGAAGUUGACAUAUAGUCCACACCCGAGUCAACCUAACAGUACAUUAUUAAAACAAGAAGCGGUGAUCACUGUUCACGGCAUUCCUCUUAGCAGUUAUUUUGAAGACUUUGUGUCCAGAAAUAUAUCAUCCAAUGCUAAUAAGGGACGGCAGGCCAUGGAAUGGGUUAUUAGUAAAAUUAAUUGUGAAGUUCAAGAAUUGACACAAAAGACUGUUAAAAGUGUUGAUGAGUUAACAGUUAAUGCAAAACGUUGUAUAAGUGAUGAAUUUGUUACCAAUACUCACACCAACUAUCACUUUCAAGGAACAAAAUAAUUGUUACUUACUCUAGGAAUUAAUUUUUAAAUUAACAAUUGAUAAUAAAUAAUAAUAAUAAUAAUAGUAAUUAAGAAAUUUUCACUCAUUUAUAUAAACAUACCGUAUAUCAAAAUUUAGGCUAAUCUACAAAUCAAUGACAAUUCAGUUUUAAAUCCUAUUUUAUCAAUAGGUGAUACCAUUGAGUGUACCUCUAUUUACCAGAGGAUAUAUUUUAUAACAAAAUUGAAAAUAUAAUUUAAUUGAUGUUUUAUUAGUUUGUUUACUUUAA